UCUCGUUUGUCUGUUGCUAUAGAAACAGAGAAGAAGACAGAGACCAAAAUGUCACCACUGUCAACACUGUGACAAAUCCUUCACAUCUGGACAUUUAAAGAUUCAUCAGAGAGUUCACACUGGAGAGAAGCCUUACAGCUGUGAUCUAUGUGGGGCAGCUUUCACACUGAAGAGUAACCUAAUUAUACAUCAACUCAUUCACACCGGAGAGAGGCCGUACAGCUGUGAUCUAUGUGGUAAAACGUUUUCUAGGAAGGGUAACCUAGUAAUGCACCAGCGUGUUCACACCGGAGAGAAGCCGUACCGGUGUGAUCUAUGUGGGGCAGCUUUCACACGACAGCGUAACCUAAAAUUACAUAAACGCAUUCACACUGGAGAGAAGCCGUACAGCUGUGAUCUAUGUGGUAAAACCUUUGCUAGGAAGGGUAACCUAGUAAUGCACCAGCGUGUUCACACUGGAGAGAAGCCGUACCGGUGUGAACACUGUGGGAAAAUGUAUUCUCAUAGUAAUGCUCUUAAAACACAUCAACGCAUUCACACUGGAGAGAAGCCGUACAGCUGUGAUACGUGUGGUAAAACAUUUAUUGUGAGCGAUAGUCUUAAAAGACACCGACACGUUCACACUGGAGAGAAGCCGUACUCGUGUAAACAAUGUGGGGAAACGUUUUCUCAGAGAAGUACCCUUAAACGACACCAACACAUUCACACUGGAGAGAAGCCCUACAGCUGUAAUCUAUGUGGGAAAGCCUUUACUGAUAGUAGUGGCUUUAAAAAACAUCAGCUUGUUCACACUGGAGAGAAGCCAUACUUGUGUGAACAAUGUGGGAAAACGUUUUCUAGGAAGGGUGACCUAGUAAUGCACCAGCGUGUUCACACCGGAGAGAAGCCGUACCGGUGUGAUCAAUGUGGGGCAGCUUUCACACUACAGCGUAAACUAAAAUUACAUCAAUGCAUUCACACCGGAGAGAAGCCGUACAGCUGUGAUCUAUGUGAUCAAACCUUUUCUUGGAAGGGGAACCUAGUAAUGCACCAGCGUGUUCACACUGGAGAGAAGCCGUACAGCUGUGAUACAUGUGGUAAAACAUUUAUUGUGAGCGGUGGCCUUAAAAGACACCGACAUGUUCACACCGGAGAGAAGCCGUACUCGUGUAAACAAUGCGGGGAAACAUUUUCUCAGAGAAGUCACCUUAAAGCUCACCAGCGCAUUCACACUGGAGAGAAGCCAUACUCGUGUGAACAAUGUGGGAAAAUGUUUUCUCAGAGAACUCACCUUAAAAAACAUCAACGCAUUCACACUGGAGAGAAGACCAAAUAGUUUGAACAAGUAAAUUAGCUUUAAAUAAGCAAAACUACGAAGAGACAGAUGAAAGUGGAGCUUCAAGACAAACAAAAAACAAUAACUACAGUGGGGUUCGAAGGUUUGGGCACCCUAGAUAAAAAUGUGUAUUAAUGUGAAUAAAGAAGCCAAAAAAAAAUAUGGAAAAAUUUCCAAAAGGCAUCAAAUGACCGAUUAGACAUUCGUAUAAUAUGUCACAAAAGUUGGAUUUUAUUUACACUAUUUACACUUUCAAAAUAACAGAAACCAAAAAAAUGACGUCUGCAAAAGUUUGGGCCCCUGCAGAGUUAAUUCCUUCUACCUUAAUACCCCCCACCCCCCCUUUGGCAAGUAUCACAGCUUGGAAAGCCAAGUGUCUUUAAUUCUUGUUGGAGGUAUCUUCGCCCGUUCUUCCUUCCAGAAGUCUUCCAGUUCUUUGAGGUUUCUGCUCCUUUAAGGUCUAUCCAUAGAUUUACAUUAUGUUGAGGUCAGGAGAUUGUGAAGGCCAUGGCAAAACCUUCAGUUUACUCCUCUUGAUAGAUUUUGAGGUGUGUUUAGGAUCAUUAACCAUUUGUAGAAGCCAUCCUCUCUUUAACUUCAGCUUUUUCACUGAUGGCAUCAAGUUAGCGUCCAAAAUUUGCUGAAAUUGUAUUGAAUCCAUUUUUCCUUCUACUUGUGAAAUGUUCCCUGUGAACUUGUGAAAUGUUCCCAUGAGAACAGCUGAUUGUCUUUUGGGGGUUUGUGAGCUUUUGGCUAAUUCUGGGAUUUUUAACCCAUGUAUAAUCAUUAGUUUUAUUAAUCUGUCUUCUUUUUAAAUAAACUGAACUGAGUUGAACUUU